AUGCGGUCAAUCUGCCUUCUUUUCCUUCAAGCUGUGUUCAUUGGUUUUGCUCGACACACCAAAGUAACUGCGAAGAGGCAUUGCCCUAAGUUUACUUCUUGUAUUGACAGCUAUGCUGACAUUUAUAAAUCCCUAGCAUCAGAGGAGAACAGUUUCAACAUUGAAUCUGCGCUGUAUCCAGCAAUGACGCCAAAAUCACUUGUCAUCAAAGUAGAGUUCAUCAAACACAAUGAAACAUCGGUGGAAAAUUACACUUGGAGUUUAAACUGUUUAUAUGUUGCUAUUCCCCCUGAAGUCCUCCAACUCUUGUCGCUUGGCUCAGUUCUUGUUACACCACGCACACAAGAGCUGAAAAUCUGCAUCCCCCACUUCUGUAGAAAUAUUUCAUCGACCAAUAUUUCAUCGACCAAGGAGCAGAAAGACCUCAUGAAAGGUGUUCUCUCUGCGGUACGCAGCUGUAUGCCUACUAUUCCGUUUUAGUAAAAUCCAACUAGUGGUCUAUUAUCAAUGCUGCGUUCUGAUUGGUUGAGCUACUACUAGGCUAUAUGUUAUAGCCCACUAGUAGCGAAAAGCGCGGGCUUUUUGGCGGCAAAAAAGGAUUAAGGUCUAGCUUUAAGUAGCUAAAUUUUUUUUAUUCUCGAUAUUUUUGACCAACUGGUUGGAUUUUACUAAAACAAUUAUUCCUCUCUCUCUCCCAUUCGGCCUUCGGCCUCAUGUGCUAUUGACUCAGAGCCCAUUUGGGCUCGAGGAAUAAUUGUUACAUAGCUUACACUAAUUACUGGAGUUACAGAGAAACCGAGAUUAUACAAUUAAAAGAGAAUUAAUCAAAGUCAUAAAGAACCCAUACUCUUACGCGAAAUUCUAACAUUUUAGGACCAACACCACGAGGAAUUAUUGUUGGAGCAAGAAUUUAUAAAAUCCAGUCUAGACUUGUAAAAGUUUUACAAAGGCAGAGAUGUAGAUUUUAUGUCGCACUUCAGAAGUGAGUCAAACAAGUUUUGACACUUUUUUUUUAAUUUAAGAAAAGAGUCGUAUAACUCCCUUAUUACAAAAUGAUAACAAAAUCUAUGAAUCACCUUGUUCAGUCAUUAAAAUGAAAAUAAGGGUGUUUUUUGCAAAGUAUCAGUGUUGCUAGAGAAACCACUAAGGUCUAGACUGACCAUAAAUUGUUCUCCAAUUUUAAACUGGUUGUUGAAUAUUUUAUUGUUGCAUUAACUGGUAAAAAAAAGUUGUAAUAUGUGUUGAUAAUAAAAAGUGUUUGUUCAACUAGUUCGGUCUCUAUCGUAUUAUGCGAAUACUGAUCGCAUUAAACAUAUUUCUUUAUCACAGCUUCAAGAUCUGGCCGUGCGUCCAGGAGUACGGGAUCCAAGACUUAACACAGCAGAGUGCGUUAUAGAGGGACAUGAAACAGACAUAAUGGCUACAGGACCUCGAAGUUCGUACAUAAGAGCAAUUUUAUGGUGUGCAUUUAUUUUUUCUUUCUGGGCUGGUCCUUAUUUAGCGGAAAUUAUUUUGGGUGUGAUAGAACAGAGAUCCCAAAGUCCCCAAAGUGCUAUGGAACUCCGUGAGUCCCAGGCUCCCACUUCCCUGGUCCCGGGAGAAAAUAUUUCGGAGCCCGCCCUGAUAAGGGCAGUAGUUUGCGUAUGUUGUUUAUUGCUUUGUGUAGAACUUAUAAUAUUAGUCUUUAUAUUCAAAUUUUCUGUAUCAGGAAAUGCCCCAAUUGAUGUUUACAUAUAUAUUGGGAUCCUUAUUUUGGAAGGUGUGAUACUAACUUGCCUAAAAAAACGCCUUUCGAAAAGAGUGUUUAUAUUAACAUUUUGUUUAAUCUUUACAUCUCAUCAUUUUUGUUGGCUGGUGAUCGGCAUUAUGAUUAAUCCAGUGUGGGGACUAACGGUUUUACUCCUAGCUUGCUUUUCUGUCGUCUUGUUAACUUUCCUACUCUGCCAGAUUUUUGAGGGAGGCAAUUUCAAAUGCAGUCCAGGCGACAUCAUGCAAAUCAUUGUAUGUGGUAUUACCUUUUGCGGUGGUUUCUCGCUUGUUGCGUCAGCAGUUUUAGCGGGACAGUCGUUUUAUGGAAGGGGGACUGCGGACGAGCUGGUGAAAACCGUACUGUUGUCUGUUAUCAGCGUUGGUACUUCACUGUUGUCUUGGCUGAGUAAAAACCAUUAG